AUGAUUUCACUACUGCCCUGUAACACCUCUCUUCAAACAUCCUUUCUCUUCAACCCCUCAAAGCUUCCAUACACGACACAAAUCCAAGCAUGCUUCAUACCACAAACCAAAACACCCCAGAGAAGAACACAAGUGAAAUGCAGUGCUGGAGAAAACAAGGGUGAGAGACGAACGUUUUUGACAUUGGAAGAAGCUGGUUUGGUCGAGAUAUCAGGCUUGACCACACAUGAACGCUUCCUAUGCCGUUUAACCAUAUCAUCCCUGAACUUGCUAAGAGUGAUAUCGGAGCAAGAAGGGUGUCCAAUCGAGGAGCUCAAUGCUGCCAAAGUUUGUGAUUGGUUCCUCAAAGAUAAGCUAAAAAGAGAACAGAACUUAGGCUCUGCUGUUCUUCAAUGGGAUGAUUCCGAGUUCCAAUUUUAA